AUGGACGCAGGUGCAGCUGAGGGGGUCAGAGGAGUGAUGUCUGGCAGAUUCAAGCGAGAUUCUCCCAGCUCCGCCAGCUCUGACAGUGGAGGAGAGGACACUGCUGCCCCACAGAUGGACGAAGAUGAGUCCAUCACAGACCUGGGUGAGGGGGAGGUCAACAGUCAGCCAAACAGUCCACGCCCUCCCUCAGCAGGACCCCCUCUGACUCCCACACAAGGUGCCUUAAGGUCUCCACGAACUCGUCGCCAGCGUACAACCUCCCAGUCACAGCCAUCAAGGAGCCGGGAGCCUAUCCUGAGGGGCCGACGGCGAACCAUCUACACCGCCGGCCGACCUCCAUGGUAUGAUUGCCAAGGACAGCUGGUCGAGCCCUUUGUUAUCGGUGUGUGUGGUGGCAGUGCCUCAGGGAAGUCAACUGUUGCCAGGAAAAUUAUUGAAGAGUUGGAUGUGCCAUGGGUUACCCUCCUUUCCCUUGACUCAUUCUAUAAGGUUCUGACAGAGAAACAGCAUGAAGAGGCCGCAAGGAACGAGUACAACUUUGACCACCCAGACGCCUUUGAUUUUGACCUUGUAGCCAAGACACUAGUGCGCCUCAAGGAGGGCAAGAAGGUGGAGGUACCGAUCUACAACUUUGUCACCCAUUCCCGGGAGACUAAGACUAAAACUAUGUAUGGAGCUAACGUCAUCAUCUUUGAAGGAAUUUUAGCCUUUUAUUCACCAGAUGUCUUGAAGCUUCUGGACAUGAAGGUGUUUGUGGACACUGACUCUGAUGAACGGUUAGUCCGCCGGUUGCAGAGGGACAUCUCUGAGAGAGGCCGUGAGCUGGACGGUGUCCUCAAGCAGUACUUCAAGUUUGUCAAGCCAGCAUUUGACUACUACAUUGCUCCCUCCAUGGUGCAUGCUGACAUAAUUGUGCCAAGAGGAGGAGAGAAUGAAGUGGCAAUCAACUUGAUUGCUCAAAAUGUUAUGACUCAGCUUCAACAAAGAGGCUUCAAGCUACGUGAGAAGUUGGCCAACACAAACUUUGGCAUGGCACGACCCAGUUCCCUCCACCUGUUGCCUUCCACGCCACAAAUCCGGGGCCUCCACACCUUCAUCAGGAACAAGGACACUCCCCGGGACGAGUUCAUCUUCUACUCCAAGAGGUUAAUACGCCUCGUCAUCGAACAUGCGCUUACCCUUCUUCCUUUUACGGACAUAACUGUUGAAACCCCUCAAGGCAUCCCAUAUGAGGGUAAGCACAUUGCAACGGAAAAGAUCUGCGGCGUCUCCAUCCUGCGGGCGGGGGAGACCAUGGAGAAUGCACUGUGUGAGGUCCUGAAGGAUGUACGCAUUGGCAAGAUCCUCAUCCAGACCAACCUGGACACUGGAGAACCUGAGUUGUAUUACCUGCGGCUGCCCAAGGAUAUCAAGGACUACCACAUUUUCCUGAUGGAUGCCACCGUGGCCACCGGGGCAGCAGCAAUAAUGGCCAUACGAGUGUUGCUGGACCACGAGGUGACUGAGGAACACAUCUCCCUAUGCUCUCUCCUUAUGACUGAACAGGGUGUGCACAACAUUGCCUAUGCCUUCCCCAAGGUGAGGAUAGUGACCACAGCCGUGGAUCCGUGUGUCAACGAAAAGUUUUACAUUGUUCCUGGCAUCGGCAACUUUGGUGAUCGAUACUUUGGAACUGAGCCCUCAGAAUAGUGAAAAAAGAUUACAGAUAUACAUAAAAUCACAAAAGACCACUGUUGACAGGUAUACUAUCCAUCCAAUACCAUAAAAAUCACGACUUGUUAUGCAGCUUACGUAGUCAACAUAAGUAUUUGUAUGACUUGUUAAAGCUUGUUGAAAUUAUGAAGAAACAUUAUUGUUAUUAUUAUUAUUAUUACUAUUAUUAUCAUUAUUAUUAUUAUUAUUAUUAUUAUUAUUAUUAUUAUUAUUAUUAUUAUUAUUAAUACUAUUACCAUCACAAUUGUCAUCAUUAACAUGGCUUUAAAUCUGAGAGUAUUUUGUACAUGUAUUCCUGGGUACUAAUUACAAACUGCAUUUAUACAUCACUAUUACCCUAAGAAGCAUGUAGUACUUUGUUAAUUGAAUAUCUGCUAAUGCAAGGUAGUGUUUUUAUUCAUACUAUUGUUUAGAUGAUUAAAUUUAGUUAGGCCCACAUUUUGGGAUGAGUAUACUGCCAGUUGAUGAUGAGACGGUCAUCUGCAUUUACUUUAUAACAGAAUAUGAGUGUAAAAUAAUCUGGUUUGCAGUAGCUCUUUUACCCUUGAAGAGACAAUUGACAAUGUGAUUUAUUUUCUCAGCAGCUUUUUACCCUCAACUUCUACCCUCAACUUCUGAGCCUCAAGCCUUCCUCUUCAAUCAGCUUUUCCCUCUAGUCAAAUAAUCUGUACAGUCCCUUAAAAUUGCAUGAGUACUUUUAUCUAAUUUUACCAGUCUCAUAUUCUCCUAGAAGGGAAGGGGCACCAUUAUCCCAAGGAGAUCAAAUUCUCAUUGCUUUGAGAAGUGGAAACCCCCACCAUGACAAUCUUUUGCUUGUUAUAUGUAUAACUUUGAACAUAAGCCUCCUACACAUAUUUUAAGGGAAAAGCAAGAAAAACUAUUUUGUUCAAUGAGAGAUGAAAUACAAAAAAGUUCAUGUGGAAAGGGAUCAAGAAAUAUCAAGAUAGAAUUGAUAGACUUUAUUGGAAUUCUUAAUAUUCUUGUAUCAUAAAAAUUGUUACCUAUCUUUUAUGUUUGCCACUGCAUUUCCUCCCUAAUAAAAUUGCAUUCAAAUCCCUCUCUUAUGAUCUUACCUAGUUCAUCACAUAUUCUCUGAUUUUUACUCAAUCCAACUUUUACCUCUUAUCUUUUACAGUCACCUAUUUUCUCUUUCAUACAUGGUGCUGACUUUACAAUGACUUUCUAAAGGUUUCUAAAGGAUCCUAAGGUAUUAGUGUAAUUAGAGGGAAACACAAUUCAAACCUGGCGUAGUCUUGUGUAGUGUAAUGGCAUGCCUGGGCUGUAGCAGAUUUCAAAAGGGAAGGUCAAUAUUAUGUUUUCAUACCAUCUCACUUUCUAUACAUUAGAUAUUAAUGUAAUAUAAUUUCUGUUUAUUAAAAUGUGCCAAAAGACAA